CAAAAUCGCCAAAAAAUCCCUAAUAAUAUUGAACAUGUGUACUGGAUCAUCAUCGUCGUCUGGAGCAGUGAGUUUGGCCCGGUGCGCAACCGUAAAGCGCUGGAUGAGCGCGUGUGCAUGUUGCGGCAGGAGACGUGGACAUUGUACAGCGCCGUGCAGAGUGGAUGGAGCGAUCGCCGUGGUCCUCCAGGUGACCCGGGACUCGGCCAAAUUUGUGUGGCGAUGGUUGCCAGCAGCCAUGAAGUGCAGGAAAACCAUCCCUGCGUGGAUUCGGAUGCGCCAUGUGUGCAGCGCAAGCGUGUCCAAAUUGGCAUUCAUGGCCUGCCAGCAGCCGUGGUGACGCUCGUCGAUUGGACCCCUCCGGAGCCCGGAUGCCGUGGUGACGCCCAUGGAGAAGCAUCGGAGGAACGACUGGAGGUAUCGCCCGGUGUCGCAAGCGUGUUUUCACACGCUUCAGGAAUACCGACAAAGACCAACACAGGAGUAUUGGUCUAGCUGCGGCCGGAUUGCGGCAUCCCAGUGAGCGGCGCCUUGCUGCAACAGA